GUGGGUUGGGGACUGACUGACGGAGGAGGAGGAGGAGGAGCAGAAGAGCCUCGCCAGCUGUCGCUCCUGCUUCCCUUUCCUCCUCCUCCUCUUCCUCCUCUUCCUCCUCCUCCUGCUGCUGGCCAUCCUCUGGAGGCUGAGCCCAUGCCCGGGUGGCAUCCACCUGCUCGCCUUCCUCCUCUUCCUCCUCCAUCCUCCUCCUCCUCCUCUCCUCCCAAUGGGCAGCCUGCUGAGCGGGGUCAGCUUCAAGGAGCCCGCCACCGUGGAGGACUGCGACUCCACCUGGGAGACCGACUCCGAGCCCGAGCUGCAAGGAGGGCCGAUGGAGGAGGAGGAGGAGGAAGAGGAAGAGGGGGAGGAGGAAGAAGAGAAGGAGGGAGAGGAAGGCUCUGGAGGAGGAGGAGGAGGAGGAGGAAGAGAAGAGGCGCACCCGGCUCAGGAAGAGGAGCAAGAGCCGGAGAAGGAGCCGCUCCCUGCGGCAAGCAAGGCUGAUGGAGAAGGAGAAGGAGAGGGGGCCGAGGAAGAGGAAGAGGAAGCAGAUCAGCCUGGGGAGGAAGAAGCUGAAGCCACGGGUGCCGAACAGGGAGAUGAUGCAAACGAAAUGACAGCUAAACCAAAGAGAAGUUUUUAUGCUGCAAGAGAUUUGUACAAAUAUCGGCACCAAUAUCCACAGAACUUUAAAGAUCUGAGAUAUCAGAAUGAUUUGUGCAACCUCCGCUUUUACAAGAACAAAAUUCCCUUUAAACCUGAUGGUGUUUACAUUGAAGAAGUCUUGAAUAAGUGGAAGGGAGACUAUGAAAAACUGGAACAUAAUCACACAUAUAUUCAGUGGCUUUUCCCACUCAGAGAACAAGGGUUGAAUUUCUAUGCAAAGGAAUUAACAACAUAUGAAAUCGAGGAGUUCAAAAAAACGAAGGAAGCAAUCCGAAGAUUCCUUUUGGCUUACAAAAUGAUGCUGGAGUUUUUUGGGAUAAAACUUACAGAUAAAAAUGGAAACGUAGCACGUGCUUCUAACUGGCAAGAAAGAUUCCAGCACUUGAAUGAGUCCCAACAUAACUACUUGCGGAUCACCCGUAUCCUGAAGAGCCUCGGAGAACUUGGCUAUGAGAGUUUCAAACCCCACCUGGUGAAGUUUAUUCUUCACGAAGCCCUUGUGGAAGACACCAUCCCCAACAUUAAGCAGAGUGCUUUGGAAUAUUUUGUGUAUACCAUCAGGGACCGGAGAGAAAGGAGGAAACUCCUACGCUUUGCUCAGCAGCACUACACACCUGCUGACCAUUUUAUAUGGGGGCCGCCAAGGAAAGAGAAGCUGGAAGGAAGCAAAUCAAGUAAAAAGCUGUCGUCGCCAGUUUCUCUUCGCACCAGCUGUGCUCCUAAGCAUAAAAAGGCAAAAGACUGCAAGAAUGCCUCAGCACUUUGCAACUCAGGCAGUAAAACAUCAGAUGAGAAAAGGGCAGAGCGCACUAAAAACGACGAAGACUGUGAUCUGAGUGGCAAGUGUACCAGCAGCAGCCCCGAAAGGGUGAAACAGAGCAAUGGUGAAAAGAACAAUGAUGUUGAGUGCCACAAUCCCAAAUCAGAAGAAUCUGGUAGUCCUUUGAACUCAAAGGAGAACACGUCCCAUUCCAAAAAACUUAAAGGCAAAAAUGACGACAAUCUUAUUCAGGACUGUAAACAUCCUGAAGCAGUUGAAAAUGACUCCAGUGACAGUCAAAACAGUUCAACAAAUACAUCAGUGUGUCUACAGGACAAUGUAGGUAAGGAUGCGAACCCAGUGGAAUUAAGCACGAAAAACAAAGACGACUCUCAAACAUAGCUCGAAUGACCCAGUUGCUUAAAUCUUCUUCUGAACAUGACAAAAUGGUGUCACCCUCACUUGUACAAAAACAAAAUGAGCUAUCUCAAUACUGGAUCCACUAUUGAAUCCAUCAGCUUAGUCUCUUGAGGGGUUAUGUCUCCUUUGUUUGACUUGGUUUACUGUUUGCACUUUUCAGAGCUGUGUAUUAAGCUUAAAGAAAUAACUGCAUAACAUUCAAGCCUGGCAGAAUUCAUUUGUUAAGACCUCUCUAUGAAAACGCUUAAUAUUGAUUAUUCUCUCUCUCUUUGUUUCAUAUUUCUUACUUUUUAGAAAAGUGGAAAUGUUUUAUGCCAGCUAGAUUUCUAAGGAACCAGGGUCAAAAUGUCUCUCCAGUAAAAAUAUGGUCAGCAUGCUAAUUUUUUCAAUAUCUUCUAUUGCUUAAAAAUCAAAACGAUCUAGGUUUGGAUUUCAUCUUCAUAUGGGUAUAGAGCAGGCAUGGGCAAACUUGGGCCCUCCAGAUGUUUUGGAUGUCAACUCCCACAAUUCCUAACAUCCUCAGGCCCUUCCUUUCCCCCCUCAGCCGCUUAUGUUGUUAGGAAUUGUGGGAGUUGAUGUCCAAAACACCUGGAGGGCCCAAGUUUGGCUAUGUCUGGUCUUUAGGCCUUGAGCCACAUGGAAGAGUGGGGUACCUUUGCUUGGUCCCAGUUCUCCACUUGGAAAUGACACUAAUGAUCUACUUCCCAGAGUUAGUGUGAGAGUAAAAUAUAACAGUGAUAGAAAACCACUGUCUGCAUUUUAAAAGUGCUAUAGAAUCGACUAGUAGUAAGAUUCAUACACCAGCAUUCGUCAUGCCAACAUGAUCACACACUUUGCCGCUUCCUUUUCCAUUGGUGAAUUGCUUCAGUGCCACAUUGUGGAUAAUGUGGUGGGCCACAUUGCAUUCGGCUUCCCAUGUUUUAUCUACCCUCCCUUUGUUGUUUCAACUCUUUUCCUAUCCAUUUUUUUCUUUUCUUGCAUUUGGCAUUUGGUUGCCACCCCCAGCUCCUUCAAGAUCAAACCAGUCACUUCAAGGGUAACAUCCAUCCAUCUUGCCCUUGUUCGGCCACUCUUCCUUUUUUCUUCAAUUUUCCCCAGCAUCAUUAUCUUUUCCAAGCUUUCCUGUCUUCUCAUUAUGUGGCCAAAGUACUUCAACUUUUCCUCUAAUAUCCUUCCCUCCAGUGAGCAGUCAGGCUUUAUUUCCUGGAGUAUGGGCUGGUUGGAUCUUCUCGCGGUCCAAGGCACUCUCAGAAUUUUCCACUAACACCACAGUUCAAAAGUGUCUAUCUUCCUUCGUUUGUCCUUCCUUAUAGUACAGCUCAUGCAUCCAUAGGUUAAUACCAUUGCUUUAACUAUGUGGAUCUUCAUUGCCAGUAUGAUACAUCUAAAGCAGUGGUUCUCAACCUGUUGGCCAUGGCCCAGCAGUGGGCCACGAGAAUGAGGAUCCAGUCCGCGAACCUCCUUCCUCUUUAUUUUAUUUUAUUUCUGCUCCAUUCUACAGAGCUAACCAGCCCUGCCCCUUUUGGUAUUAAUGUUGGAGAGUGGUCCCUGGUCAAAGUGGUCCCCGGUCAAGUGAGUCCUGAUCAAGUGGGUCCUGGUUAAAGUGGGUCCUGGUCAAAGUCGGUCCUGGUCAAAGUGGUCCCUGUCAAGUAGUCCCCGGUCAAGUAGUCCCUGGUCAAUCGGGCCCUGGUCAAAGUAGGUCCUGGUCAAGUGGGUCCUGGUAAAAAAAGGUUGAGAACCACUGAUCUAAAGAAAUCAGGAGAGAGCAUGUCCCCAUGCCUAUUUUUGUAUUUAGGACCACUAUUGGUAGGAAGAGAUAAAUUUGCUUACGAGUUAUUAAAGGCAGGAAAAGGUUAAACAUUGAAGAGACCAACAUUGAUGGUUGCAACUCUUAAUGAUUCAGAAAGAAGCAAUAUUUCGAAGUUGACCUUUCUUCCUAGAUUCACUGGUGCAGUUUGAAGAGGCUGUGUGCCAAAGGGGAGAAUUCAUCUUUCUUUUCAUUCUUCCCCCAACCCUUCUCUAAAAUUCUUACAUUGUCUCCCAGUACACAGAGAAUAGCAAGAAGGUAAAAACAUGAAAGCAUACUAGGAUUUGCGAACCAGAUCCAGACAAUUUUUGUUGCCUCAUAAGUUGUUUAGCUCUUCUCUAGAAAAAGUAUGAUUUCCUCCCGCAUAGAUAGGUAGACAAAUAUGACAAGCUCAAUACAUGAGUUCUGCCUCCCUGAACCUGCCAUGUGUUACACUGCUGAUACCAAACUAGAAGAACUGCUUUGUUUUAACAAACGAGGAAUGCUUGUUUCAAAGAUUUGAACUGUGGUAAAAAUAAUAAUAACCAAAACCUG